AUGGGUUCCGAUAUUGAAAAGACCGAGCAGUCGGAGAAGACUCAGGAGACGCAAACCGUUGGAGUUCAUCAUGCGGAGGUCUUGGGUAAAUCGGACCUCAUGAACGAUGCGUUGGAGGGAGAACAGCGGGAGCACGAGAUGGGAGUUUGGGAGGCCGCCAAGUUACACCCAUGGGCCUGCUUCUGGGCAUUUAUCAUGUGUUUCACCAUCGUCAUGGAAUCCUUUGAUAUGUUCCUUAACACCAACUUCGUCGCCCUUACCAGGUUCAAACGUAAUUUCGGCGUCGAGACCAGCCCCGGAGAGUGGUCUAUCCCUACCAAGUGGCAAAGCGCACUCUUCCAAUCUGGCCAGUGUGGUGCCUUCAUCGGAGUUUUUUUGGCAGGUCCCAUCACCAGCAAGAUUGGAUAUCGAUGGACCACAAUUCUCGGCCUGGUUUUGAUGAACGCUACAAUCUUCAUCUCCUUCUUCGCCGAUUCCCUGACAGUCCUAGUCAUUGGACAAGCAUUUGAAGGUCUGCCAUGGGGAUUCUUCAUUGCCAACUCUCCAGCCUAUGCGAGUGAAGUCGUGCCGAUUCCUCUUCGAGCCGCAGUCACUGCAACCCUCCAAAUGAGUUGGUCCAUUGGUUCAAUCAUUGUUGCGGGUGCCUCGAUGUCAUACAAUAACCGGAAUGAUGAAUGGGCUUGGAAGGCUCCAUUGGCGCUACAGUGGAUGUUCCCUCUCCCUCUAUUGAUCCUGAUCCUUUUCGCCCCUGAGUCCCCUUGGUGGCUGAUGCGUCGUGGGAGAAAGGAGGAGGCCCUGCGCUCGAUCAAGCGGCUCGGCAGCAAGACCACCGAGGAGGCUCAGCAAUCCUUGGCCAUGAUUGAGCGAACGAUUGAAAUUGAGCUUCAGAUGGGAGAUGCUCCGAACCUGCUAGAUUUGCUGAAGGGCACAGAUCGUCGACGAACUAUCAUCACCUGCUUAAUCUACACCUCCCAGAACUUUGCCGGUAACCUGAUUGCUAACCAGGCGACUUACUUCUUUGAGCAGGCUGGAAUGUCGACUGGAUUUUCCUUCAAGUUGAACCUCAUCACCACCUGUCUUCAAUUCGUGGCGAACGCAUGCUCGUGGUACUUUACAUCUCGGUUCAGUCGUCGAGGCGUCUAUCUCGGCGGCUUAGCCGUUAACAUCGUGUUCCUCUAUGGUCUCGCCAUCAUUUCCUCUGUGCCCCAGAAUGUUCACACCAACUAUGCUGUGGCGUGCUUCGGUGUCAUUAUUUCCGUCGUCUUUGCGGGUUCUCAGGGACCAAUCUCAUACACUAUCAUUGCAGAGACAUCCUCGGUCCGUCUUCGUCCACUCAGCACUGCUGUAGGCCGAGCCGCCUAUUACCUUACCGAGAUCCCAAUGAUCUACCUUUCCUCGAGAAUGCUGAACACUACCGGUUGGAAUCUGGCGGGCAAGUGUGGCUACGUGUGGGGAAGUACCGCAGUGGUCUGUUGGAUUACUGCGUAUUUCUGGCUUCCAGAGCUCAAGGGCCGCUCCUACCGUGAGAGCGACAUUCUCUUCAACCGCAAGGUGGCCGCAAGAGAUUUCAGCUCGACUGAGAUUGAUGAGAGAGACAAUGAGUAA